AGGUUGGAUUGUUCAAGUUUAGGAAAGGAAGUGUCUCAGGAAUUGCGACACUUGAAACAUUUGAUCGGACUCGAUAUACUAGAUUCAGUCUUCAUUAACAGACAGUGUUUUGAUGUGGGAUGGCAUGGGGCUCGUUUUUGCAGGCCAGGACUUGAAAUUAGGAUUAAACAUUGGUACUGCUUUGGCUUGGUAUACCGUUGGGAAAGGUGCUGAACAGGUUGGGUAACUUUUCUGCUGUGGGCGGAAUAAUAUUCUCCCCCUUUUGGGGGGUUGGUAUUGGAUUGUCAACUAUUAAAGACAAAGCAAGCUGCAUUGCCAGUCUCUUGAAAUCAAGCACAGGUUGUUUUAUUUCCAGAAUACAGUAGUUCUUAGAAUUUAAAAUUACCAGUAUGCUGCAUGGGGCAUUCCUGAACACACCAACUCCGUUCAACCAAAUAGUAAGCAUGUGGAGUUUUCUAGAUCUACCUGAGGCUGGAGUUUUUCACUGAGUAGAAGAUCAACAUCAUGGACAAUUUAUCUUUAUUCGACAUGCUAGAGUGUCCAGUGUGCUUGGAAAAGCUGGAUGCCUCCGCCAAGGUGCUUCCGUGCCAGCACACCUUCUGUAAGCCUUGUCUCCAGAGUAUUUUGAAAUCACACAAGGAGCUGAGAUGCCCUGAAUGUCGAACCCUUGUACUCAGCAAUAUUGAAGAACUGCCUUCCAACCUGUUUUUGAUACGUUUAUUGGAUGGAAUCCGGUUUGGAACAAACAUGAUGAAGUAUGGCUCACUCCAACGAUCCUCAGCCUUCUCCUCUCCUGUCUCCAUCAGGAAAAUGGGGGGAGGGCCAAAAAAUCUAGAGCUGGAUCAAUAUCGGAUGACUUCCAGUCCCAGGAUUCCUUUGGAAGAGGUUCCCCGGGCUAAAGCCUUAUAUAGCUACAGAGGACAAAAUCCUGGAGAACUGAGAUUCAACAAAGGAGACAUCAUUACAUUGUACCGUCAGCUGGAUGAAAACUGGUACCUAGGAGAAAUCAAUAGGGUCAGCGGAGUUUUUCCUACAAACGCUGUGCAAAUUAUCAAACAGUUGCCGCAGCCGCCACCACUGUGUCGAGCACUAUAUAAUUUUAAUCUGAAGUCCAAGAAUAAAAAUGAAAAACCAGAUUGCCUGUCUUUUCAUAAGGGUGAUGUAAUCACUAUGAUCAGUCGAAUGGAUGAGAAUUGGGCAGAAGGAAAGUUGGGUGACAGAACAGGAAUUUUUCCCAUCUUGUUUGUGGAGCCAAAUACAACAGCGCAGCAACUUCUUCAGAGGAGCAAAAGUUACCAGUCUUCUCCCCUGAAAUGUCCUUCUCCUUUACAAAGGUUCUUACCUAGAUCAAAAGGUGUAGAGUCGCCCACUUUCUGCAAAGGAUCUGAAUCUAGAAGGAAGACUAUGAGACAGUUCUCUAUUACAACUGCCCUCAACACCCUCAACAGGAUGGUCCAUUCACCUACAGGAAGGCAGACUUUGGAUAUCAGCUCUCCUGUGCUCAUCAGUUCUAGCAACCCUUGCGUGACUGCAAAGCACCAAGAGAAAUUAGAAGCCCCAUAUAACAUACCAGACCAGGUCAGCCCUUUCUGUUACGUGGAACCUGAAUCCAUGGGGCAUUCUACAGCCAUUGUCAGUCUUCCCCACUUACAGCAAAAUCUAUCUUUGAAUAUGUCCGUCGCUUUGCACUCCUAUACAGCUCACAGUCCGGAUGAACUCAACCUGCAAAAAGGAGAAGGUGUUCGUGUUUUGGGGAAAUACCGUGAAGGUUGGCUAAAAGGAAUGUCACUGAUCACAGGAAAAGUCGGAGUCUUCCCCAGCAAUUACGUUGCUCCAUUUUUCAGAAAAUCCUCCAGCUUCCCUGAUUCAAAGAUGCCCUCCCUUUAUGCAACUUGGACAUUAUCUACACUUUCAUCCCAGGGAAGCAUCUCAGGGAACCAUCCAGGGCAAAGCAGAUCUUUAAAAUCUCUGGCUUCACCUGUGAGGAAUCUCACUUUGCCCAGCGCUUCAGGGCACACGACAUCACUGAGAAGAGGACGGAGUAGCAAUAAGAAGAGUGGAUCUUUACAGAAACCUUUGCAACCAGGAGCCCUUAUUCCUUUAACCAACUCUCUUCAGAGACAUCCUCCAACUCCAGCACGAUCUCAGCAAACUCCAAUAUAUCAAUCUAUUUCCUCUUUGCCCCGAGGAGUUGGCAUGGGUGAUACAGGAAUCAAACUGAGCAUCUGUAAUAAUUCUUCCUUAGUGCUAUUGCCCCGAAACGGAAAUAGCAGAGCUCCUUCUGUGUGUAGCUCAGUCAUUUUGGAUACCAGUGAAGUCCCAAAGAAUGAACUAGCUGUGAAACCACCUGUAUCUGCUCCACCUUCCAUUCUGGUGAAACCAGACACUUUGAAAAACACCACUGAGAAGCAAGUGAAAACAGUGCGAUUUCAGAACUACAGCCCACCACCGUCCAAGAGACAUAAUUCUAUAUCGUCACUGAACCUGUCCAAUGGCAAGCCUGAACAAAGAAUGAUUACAGAAGCAAUACAACCAGAAUCAAACAUCAAGAGCCCUGAAAUAUCAGCUUUGUAUUCCCAUCACAUUAUCUCUAGUUCAGCUCAUCAGAAGAGAAUGUCACAUCACAAGACCUUGCCACUGGACCUGUCUAGCCAAACUGGUCACCCAACCUUUCCUACAAAAAAGAAUUAUAAUAGCAUCUCUGAGAAUUAAGAAAUUUAACCUUAUUUAAUGGGCUUUAUUUUGGACAUCCAUUAUUACUCAUUGUUUGUAAGGAUCAGCAACCAGAUGCGAGAUAGGCUCUAGGUCCGAUCUGCUACUUUUUAAAAUGUUUAAAUUUUUCUAACGGGCUCAGCCUCUUUAGAAGACUAGAAUCUCACCAAUGAUUACAAGAGUUCACCAACAAUAUGGGAAGUUCUUGUUUUGUGUGGCUCAGAAGUAAACCUCAUGCUGCAUGAGCCUGCAAUGUUCUUCAGAUGCAAAAACUAUCCCAAUUGUAGUGUCAAUUCUAUUAUCACUGUUAGUUCUAAAAAAAAUAAUAAUAAAGGACUAGGAGCAUGGAGCCGAUUCAAAAUCCAUAUUGCUCUAAGUUCAAAACCUCUACAAUUAAUUUGUAAACAGGAACAAAUAGAAUUUUGCUUCACUUUGCUUCGUUUUGUUUCGUAUUCUAACGAGCUUUAAGCAUGGUUUAGCCACCAUCCUUUCCUUACUACUUAUGAAACUGAGCUAUCACAUCUUUCUUAUACCUUAAUGUUUCCAUUUGCACUUUCCAUUUAUGUUAGAAUUCAGAAUGCUUAUUUUUUUAGAAAUUAAAAAUCACUCGGCUUCAAAAACAUUAUCUCCAAGGGAGGUAAUGGAAUAGACUCACUGAGCAAUUCUCACUUAAUAGAAGGACCUAUGAGUCUUUCCUUUUCCCUGCAUGCAGGCUCUCACCUACACAAUGAUUGAUGGAGGCCAACCUCUCAGAUUCUCCCUGUCUACCCAGCCUCAGCAAUAAAAAGAAUCACAAUUCUAUCACAUAAACUAGCUGUGACUGAUGUUUAGAGUAGCGCUAUAUACGCAGUUUGAUUUUGUUCCCUUUAUUAGUUCAAAGGUUGUGCAUUCUAGCCUGAAGUAAACGAGCAAGUUUUGUCAUUGCUCCUGCGGUGUCAUUUCAAUAAAUGUUGGAGCUAACAGUCUUGGAUGAUUGCAUAGAACCAAUGAAACUAAUGCAACACUGGAUGUCUGUAACUGGCGUACAGCAUAAGGAAAGUUUUCAAGAACAAUGCAUGUUCAUCUCAAUAUCUUGCCAAGCACAAAAUAAUGUAUUCUUCUAGAACCUACACUAACUGCCUCUAAACGUUUGGAAAGUAAGAAAAUUAAUAUUUAAUUAAUAUUUUAUUAAUUAAUAUUAAUAUUUUAUUAAUAUUUUAUUCCAGACCAAAUCAUGUCUGGAAAAAAACACUUUAGUUUGCAUUCUAAAGGAGCAAAAAAAAAAAAAAACCCCAAAAGCUGCACCCCAGGUUACAAGAUAGAAAAAAAGAGGACAUAUUAUCAGCAUGUUUUGGGAGCAGGGAGUGAUUUUGCUGCCUGAAGACCUCUAAUGUGGCUUGAGGCAAGCUCUUCUCCCUGUUGAAUAGCAGGUUUGAUGCUUUAUUUUACCCUUUUUCUCUUGACACACAUGCUAAUAUACAGAAGAGCUACUUCCCAGAUGUAAGAUAGGUUAACCUAUAAAAGUGGUUGGACCCUGGAGUUCCAGCGAGAUGAGCUUUAAGCACAAUUCUCUGAUUCAUUAGGACUCAUAGUGCUAAUAAUCUCCCCUGUUUCCAGUUCAUUCUGGGACUGCCAGAAUGCACUAACACAUCAAAACACAUCAUAGAAUGUGCAAAACAGAGGCAGAAAUGCUUCGUCUUCUGACUUUACCCAUGGUAUCUGUCUACAAGUGCUAUUUUUAAACAUGGACAUCUCUAGAAGACAAGGGGACAUUGCAUAAAGUUCUAUGAGUCUUGGCUUCUGGGCAGCUACAAGUUCUGCUACUAGGUUCCUGAGUUCAGAAAUGUGUUGGCCCACUCCUACAGAACAGCUCACAGGACAAGAAGGAGUCACACAAACUCCAGGUCUUCCUUGUAUUAUAUAAAGGUUGGGUAAUGCCUGCAAAGAGCUGUGCCGAGUGAGUGCUCUGUUUCUUGUGAAUAAUUUGUAGGAAGGGCUUACAGUAGUUCAUUUAGUGACUGUUCAAAGUUACAACGACACUGAAAAAGUGACUUAUGACCAUUUCUCACAGUUACAACCUUUGUAGCAUCCCCACGGUCACAUGAUCAAAUUCAACCAGUUGCUUGGCAAUUGGUUCAUACUUACAGGUAUGACCAUUGCUCUGUCCCAAGGUCAAGUGAUCACCUCUUGUGACCUUCUGACAAGCAAAGUCAAUGGGGAAACCAGACUCACUUAACAACUAUGUGACUAACGUAUCAACUGGAAUGAUUCACUUAAUAACUGUGGCAAGAAAGGUUGUGAAAUGGGGCAAAACUCACUUAACAAAUGUCUCAUUUAACAACAGAAAUUUUGGGCUCAAUUGUCAUACAUCAAGGACUACAUAAAUACACACACAGUGUAUACAUAUUUAUACACUCUGUGUGUGUGUGUGUGUGUGUGUGUGUGUGUAGCUACUAAUGCAAGUCUGAUUAGCAUUGCAGUGUGUGUACUUAUGCCAUUUCGUGUUCUUGGUUAUCUCAUCAGGGUUGUUAGAUAUGCAUGCAACUCUGAGCCCCAUUUCAGUUUGCCUUCAUCCAGCCCGUUUCAUAAAGCUUGCCUUCUUUUAGAAACAAGACAUGCUACAUGAGCAAAACUCCAUGGGAAAAGCCCUUCGACAGACCAGGCUUAGAUUUUAAAAUCAUCAACUUAAUGCACUGCUGACCUCCAGGGGAAGAAAUGGCGACAUGAAGCAGAGCCAAAACCGCAUGGAAUAAAGUCACUUACUCUCAGUCCAAUUCAACUCACAGGGUGGUUAUUGUAGGGAAAAUAGGCGGGGGAAAGAAUAUUAGGGAUGCUCACCACCUUGAGUUCUAUAUGAAUUUUUUUUUAAAAGCUAAAGGAGAAGAAGAAGAAAUUACUUAAAGGAGAAGGACGCUUACAUUUGAUUUACUAAUAUGGAAUGAAGGAAAAUAUUUUAACAUUGGACAUAUUCAAGGAUAUUUUUGAACAAUGGGCCCAAAAGCUAAUUCUAAGAGCAUUCGUAUUUAUAGAUAGACUGUGUUUAAAAUAUAUUAUGGAAAUGGAACAAGUUUUACCAGAGAAGGCUGUGAUUGAUCUGAAAAUGGAUUUUCAAAUGACAGGCUUCAAGAAUGAUGUGGAAAAAGAGGCUACACUGGACAUACAAAAGAAACAGCUAGGGUCUUUAAAUUAAAAACGAUAAUCAAAUAACAAUAUACAAAUAAUUAAAAAGGAUAUAUAAAUAACUAACCAAAAGAGUCACCUGAAUAACUUUCUUAUGCUGGAUUUACAAAAGGCAUUUGUUAAAGCUUUGAAGAAUUGUGUGAGAAGAAACAAUGAAAAGAAAAAAAUAAAUCAGUUCUAAGACAUUAUUUGAAGGGAUUAAAGAUCAAGAUUGUUAAAAGGAAGAAGUAUAAAGUUGGCUUAGUUGAUCAAGGUUGAAAUAGGUAGCUUGUUAUCUCUAAUAACCCUUAAGGGACUUUUGCUGAUCAGGACUGAACAAUGAGGCUGUAAGGAUUUGUUACUUAAUAAGAGAUGGAUAUGGGAAGAAGAGCUCAUUUGUUGUAUUUUAAAAGUAGGGGAUAAGCUAUUAAAAUAAUUUAUAUUUGU